CGUCGAAGCUCAUCCUUCCAAACCUCAAUCAGAUACUUAGCAACCAUGCCACCCCGGAUACACAGUAGUAGCUGCUGUCAAUCGCGGCAGCUGCUCAAUUACCUCGAGGCGGCACCGCCAAUUUCCAUAUCGGCAUCACCACUGGCUCUGCAAAGGCUAGCAGCAACCUCCACAUCCUCUUCGUCACAACUACAAUGCAGUCGCUCCUUCUCGACGACGCCAGUAACGGAAGCGCGCCAGCCCACCCGCCAGAGACGCGAAUUUCUCAAGUGGAUCAACGAUUAUAAGGAAAAGUUCCGCACACAGCCCAACAAUGGCAAGACCAACUACAUCUCGCAGUUGGUGACCGUCUCGGACUAUCAAGACGUGUACGAGGAUCAACCGUUCCCCAAUAACCCGAAUUUCCGCAGCGAGCCGGUUUUGUCGUCGAAGGCGCGGCACAUGAUCUGGAAGGACGUGAUGCGCGAGGGGCUGCCGCUCAAGGCCGUGUCGGCCAAGUACCAGGUCGACAUGCGCCGGGUGGCGGCCGUGGUGAGGAUGAAGCAGAUUGAACACUAUAUGUACAAAAAGAAGAUGCCUCUUGCCCGCACGUACCACGACGUGAUUAUGAGCAUGCUCCCGCGCGCCUAUCUGACACCCGGCGAGAAGCCGUUUGAGCCCAUCAACGACAUACACGUGCACAGCUACACAAUGCAGCAGCUGUUCGUGCCGACGGCCGAGUCGCGCGAGUUUACGCGGGCCGACGCUGCCAAGGCGUUUGGCGAGCACAUUCUGCCGCCCGACGAGAAGAUGCGGAUCCCCGAGCUGGUGGAGAUGGAACGCAACAUUGCGUCCGGGAUGGAACCCGAAAAGGCCUACGCCAUUUUCAAGGAGACGGCGGCGCAGAGCGAGCGCGCCUUUGCCGAGGCGCAAAAGGCCAAGGCCAAGCACCAGGCCGACAAGACGCUGCGCGUCGACAACGGCCGGUUCGAGUUCCGCUUCGAAAAGGUCAAUGCCGACGAUGUCGGCCGCAACGGCCGCUCCAGAACGGCCGUGGGUUGGCGCUACGGCCAGCCCUUCACGGACCGCCGCAGAGGCGAGGUCAAAAUCCCCACCAAGGUGGAGUGAGUUGUCGUGGCUUCGGAUGCGAUUGUGUAUAUAUAUGCAGUAAGGCAAGCCGUUGUAUUUGAGGGCAGUGCUGGGUAACCAGUGGCCAGGCGCGCGCCCGUGUAUCAUCUACUUUGUUCUAGCAAUGGUCGAGAAACGGCUACAGGAGGGAAGAGAGCCCUGAGAUGCCGCGGCCAGGUAUAAAUAGCAGAGACUUCAUGUCUCAAUUUGUAUCAAAAUUUGCUCUCCCAGUG